UUUUUCAAGCUGUCAAUUUGUAUUUAGAAAAACUUUCGCCAGACUUGCUUCUUUCUGCUUUCAAUCGAAAUUGAAAUUAAUAUCACUAGGUAUAGGGGCUAGCGAACAAAAAAACGGAAUCUCCGCCAUUACAAGCAGCCAGCACUGAAACUGUCUGCAAGUGCCGUGAUCCAGCGGGAAUUCGAUACGCCAAGUGCAUUCCUGCUCCCUCGGAACAGCAGGAGGAAAAAGAGCUUUUCUUGUGUGUCGAUAUACUUGUGUAUGGUGAUUUGUGCCUACGGUCCGGAAGCGCGGGUGUCCAUAUCGACCGUAAUCGCGGUUUUAACCUGGCCGAGAGAAUCCCUCCGGUGAAACAGUAAGAGUGUUUUAUCCUGUGAUUUAGCGAGCGGAAAUUGGGAUUGUCGUUUUCAGAUUCUUCACUCUGGCCUUCCCAGGUUUUGCUUUUUCCUUAUUAAUUUUGGGAUGUUUUAGAUUAAGCUGGUCACGAUGAGAACAAAAAGGACAACUCGACCACCACCUUCUUCUUCUUCGUCUUCCUCCGAGGUGGAUGAUAAAUCCCCUUCGAAAACGGACAAAGAUCAAUCGGGCAGCGAUGAUUCUCCCAGUACGAAGCCCGAGGAACCGUGUAGUGAAGAAACUGAAACUCGUUCCAAAACAAAGCAAGAUGACUCUAGCAGUACGAAACCGGAAGAACCAUCCAAUGACAAAGCUGCUAUAAGUUCGAAAACGGACAAAAAUGAUUCUGACAGUGCGAAGCCCGAUGAACCGAGCAGCAAAGAUGUACCCGCAACUAAUGGUAUCGUGAAAACUGAAGCACAGAACGGUGACAAGGGUACUGGCGAUGAGGAUGAUGCCGCCACGGAAAAAGCUUCGGAGAAACCUCCCGAGCCCAAGAAAAUGCUUCGGUUGGUAUCUAUUGAAAAGCUGAUGCGACCAAGUCUGUUGAGCAGCGAAUUGGCCAAACCUACUAAUCAACAGAGACAGACAGAGAAACCCACCAAACGUUCGAAGGAUACGAGCGUAAUCGAAAUAAGUGAUAGUGAUGAAGAAAAUCAGCCGUCGGCUAAGAAAUCCAAGAGUCAGAAUUCAUCAGUUCAGCAUAUCUCCAGCGAUGACAGCGAGGACGAGAUUAUAAAAAUCAAACGAAAGCCUACCCGUCAAGCGAAGGCAGUUGUUGCUAAAGUACUGCUCGAAGACAUUGACGACGAUGAACCAGUUGCCAAAACGAAGAAAAAGCCUGUGACUAAAGAUAAGCAGCUUCCUUCGAAGAAGAUUCCACAUGGAUGCAAGGAAGUAUAUGUUAAGGUCAACAAGUUACCAUCUGAUCUCAAAUCGUUGAUGAAGGAACAUAACAUCGAGACGAUUCUGGAUCGGAGGAAUCGGGAAAUUGUUGAAUACAAAUCGAAUUCGAACUUUUUCGGGGUUUUGGGUAAUAGAGGGCGCGCGAAAGGGGCAGAAGCAAGCAAGUCGAAGGCGAAUGAUCGUAACAAAAAGAGUAACAACAGUAAAACUCUGGUGUCAAGUGAAAGCGAUUCGGAUGAACCGAUCGCCAGUAUCAUUUCAAAAUCAGACAACAUUCCCAAAAAUAAGACUAUGUCCAAGCGACCUACUCGUGCGAAACGUCAACUCAGUGAGAGCGAUGACGAUGAAAAUAGCGACGACGACUUCGAUGCUAGUCCGAAGACUAAAGCUACCAACAGCAGACAACAGCGGCUUGCAAACCGGAAGGCUAAGGUGGCAAAGGAUUCGUCUGAUGACGACGAUGGUGGCGGUGGUAAUAGUGAUAAAAAGGAUGAUUCGGACGACUUUGAGGAAGAGGAACCACAACCGAAGAAGAAACGUUCUCGUAUCAAGCGGAAUUCAUCCUCCUCUUCGGAUGAUGGUAGUGGAAAGGACAAAAAACGUCGUAAGCGGAUCAAGAAAAAUUCCGACACUGACGACGAGGACGAAUCUCCCAAUAAAGGACGCAAAAACAUUCGCAAGGUGUUGAAGAAGUCUGCUCUCGAGCAAACGACGAAAGAGGCUGAACAAGAGGAAAGGGAACGCAAGCAGCGUAUCGCCGAGAGGCAGAAACUGUACAACCAGGUAUACGAUGAGAAACCAGAGGAAGUGAAAGAGCUUACCCAAUUGGUGUUGGACUUUGACGAGGAGACCAAGGAACCACUGCUGGAAGUGGACAAGUUACUGGUGAAAAAGCUCAAACCUCACCAAGCAAACGGUAUAAAGUUUAUGUUUGACGCUUGCUUCGAAAGCUUGGAACGUGCACGGAAUAGCAAAGGAUCCGGUUGCAUUUUGGCCCACUGCAUGGGUCUCGGUAAAACUUUGCAGGUUGUAACUCUUGUUCAUACCCUGCUUUCGAACUCGGAAACAACUGGCGUGGAACGUGUUUUAGUCGUGUGCCCGCUGUCCACUGUCCUGAAUUGGGUAAACGAGUUCCGAAUUUGGAUGAAGCACGUCAAGAAAGGAACCGCUGUAGAAGUUUACGAAAUCUCAAAAUACAAAAACAACAUUAUCCGUGCCAAUCAACUGAUGGAAUGGCACAACGAGGGAGGCGUGAUGAUUCUCGGCUAUGAUAUGUUUAGGAACCUCUCCAAUCAAACCACGGGUCGGAUCAAGAAAAAGGUACGGGAAUCAUUACAAACAUCGCUGAUCAGUCCGGGCCCGGAGAUGAUCAUAUGCGACGAGGGUCAUCUGUUGAAGAAUGAAAAAACUUCAUUGUCCAAAGCCGUCAAUCGAAUCAACACUUUGCGACGAAUUGUACUAACCGGUACACCGAUUCAGAAUAAUAUGAAAGAGUAUUAUUGCAUGGUGCAAUUUGUGAAACCGAAACUACUCGGUACGUACAAUGAGUACAUGAAUCGGUUCGUCAAUCCCAUAACGAACGGUCAAUACACGGAUUCCACCCCUUACGACAUUCAGCUGAUGCGAAGGCGAGCCCACGUACUCCACAAGCUUUUGGAUGGAUGCGUUCAACGGAGGGACUAUUCGGUGCUGGCACCAUUUUUGCCCCACAAGCUGGAGUUUGUGGUUUCGAUCAAGCUUACGCCUCUGCAGACUACUUUGUACAAGCAUUACAUGGAAAAUCUGGCACGGCGGCAGGGCGAAGACUGCAAACGGUCUUCGAUGUUGUUUGCAGAUUUUCAGAAUCUUCAGCGAAUCUGGACGCACCCGAGGGUACUUCGGUACAACAGUGAUCGUUACGAGUACAUGCAAAAGAAGAAGCGUGAUAUGGAAUCAGAAGCCGAAGAAUCGGAAGGUUCCAUCAAAGAUUUCCUCGAUGACGGGGAUAGCGAGGCGGAAACCACUCCAUCGGAAACGUCAUCGUCGGAAUCCGAUAGCGAUGGAAGUGGCAGUGAUGCCAGUCAUAAGAAGAAGAAGAGUAAGAAAAAUAAGAAAAACGAUAAAAACAGUGCUAAUUCGGAUGCCACGGCAGCAGCAGCUGCAUCGAUGCGACGCACAAGGAACAAUCCUGAUGCAGAAGGUGACUCCGUCGAAGAGGUAGAAGAAAAAGUCGACAAUCCCACAGAAUGGUGGAUGUCCAUGUGUCCAGAGGAAGAGCUAGACAAUUUGGAGCAUUCGGGCAAACUGCAGGUGCUAUUUGAAAUUCUGCGGGAGUGUGAAAAUAUUGGAGAUAAAUUGCUCGUUUUCUCGCAAUCUCUCUAUUCAUUGGAUGUGAUUGAACAUUUCCUCGCUCUGGUGGAUGAUAACACGCAAAAGGAUGAAGACGAACGGGACGCUAUACUGGACAAGUUCCGAGGUUCGUGGACUCUGGGAUUGGACUAUUUCCGAUUAGAUGGAUCUACAACCAUCGAAAAUCGCAAUUCAGCGUGUAAGAUAUUCAAUGAUGAAAAAAAUCCAAGAGCUCGUUUGUUCCUUAUUUCCACCCGUGCCGGUGGUCUGGGUAUUAAUCUGGUAGCAGCUAAUCGUGUUAUAAUCUUUGAUGUCUCUUGGAAUCCUUCGCACGAUAUUCAAAGUAUAUUCCGUGUCUAUCGAUUCGGUCAGAACAAACCGUGCUACGUUUAUCGAUUCCUAGCCAUGGGUACGAUGGAGGAGAAGAUCUACGAGCGACAGGUGACCAAGCAAGCGAUCUCAAAACGUGUGAUCGACGAGCAGCAGAUCGAUCGGCACUACAAGGAAAAUGAUCUGCAGGAGCUGUACCGGUACGAUAAUAUCGACCCGCAAGAGCCUCGACCGAUGCCGAAUUUGCCUAAGGAUCGGUUAUUUGCUGAGUUGCUGAAAAAGUUUGACACACUUCUCUACAAAUAUCACGAGCAUGAUUCUUUGCUCGAGAACAAAGAGGAAGAAACGCUGAAUGAGGAGGAACGUAAGGCUGCUUGGGAAGAAUUUGAACAGGAGAAGAAUCGGCCUCCGGUGAUAAACUACGGUACUAGUGCGUUUGGCGGACUCAGUAUGGGUAUGGGCAUGGGAAUGCGAGCAAAUGGUCCUGUGACUUCGAGUAAUAUAUUCGGCUUUAGGAAUGACGUCCUGCUUAAACUACUCAACAUGAAGGCCCGUCAGGAUAAUCCAACCUUCAAUGAUGUGAACAUUGGUGCGAUGAUUCCAUUCUUAAUGCAGGAGCUUUGCCGGCAGAUGAAAGAUGGUGAUUUGUCGAUGUACAAAAGCCUUUUAGAGUUGUACUACCAGCUUGAGGCACCAUCCUUCGCGCCUGCGAUGGGUAUGUAUAAUCAAAUGAUGAUGCAACCGCAGCCCCAGAUGCAGCAGCAAAUGCCGAGGCAAGUCAUGAUGGGUGGAAAUGCUCCCGUCUACGAUAUGGCACAGGUGAGAUACCUGCGUGAGCAAGAGCAGCUGCAAUAUGCGCAGCUCGCGGAACCCGGCGGCAGUGGUAUCAAUCGAGGUACCAUUAUCAGCGAAGCACAAAAACGAUUUAUGGAUAACCCAGUGGAGAUAGUUGAACUAGAUUAGGAAUUUCAACAGGCAUAACUUAUUCUAGAAAAUUAAUAUACGCUCGGCUCAGAGUCCCAAUUUAAA